GUAACAUCGUAACCUUACGACGCGCGACAGAUACGGGUUAUUAUAUGUUAUUAAUGAUUUACCGGGGUUUUUGAACUAAUCCGUAUCUUAUCACUGCCAUUUUAUUGUACAGAUUAGUGUUAGUGGUGAUCGUGCUUGUGUUGGUGUUUGCUUUGACCGGUUUGUUGUUACAUCUACGUUAACAGGAGUUAAUCUGACAAUGGGAAACGUUCACACCUGUGGCCCAAACGAAGCUCUCGUUGUAUCAGGGGGAUGCUGCGGACCUAUGAAGAAGAGGACCAUCGUCGGAGGCUACACCUUCACGUGGUGGUUCGUAACCGACGUUCAACGAUUGUCUUUGGAGGUGAUGACGCUGAAUCCCGUCUGUGAGAACGUGGAGACAGCCUUGGGGGUGCCCUUAACCGUCACCGGGGUCGCACAAUGCAAGAUCAUGAAGGCUGACGAAUUAUUGCACACUGCCAGCGAACAGUUUCUCGGGAAGAGCGUGCACGAAAUCAAAUCGACGAUCCUCUCUACCCUGGAGGGUCAUCUUCGUGCAAUAUUAGGCACGCUCUCGGUGGAGGAGAUUUACAAGGAUCGAGAUCAGUUCGCCACGCUCGUAAGGGAGGUCGCUGCCCCGGACGUCGGUCGCAUGGGCAUCGAGAUCCUGUCUUUCACGAUAAAGGAUAUCUACGACGAAGUUCAAUACUUGGCGUCGCUUGGCAAGGCUCAGACCGCCGCAGUUAAACGGGACGCCGACAUCGGCGUCGCCGAGGCGAACCGCGACGCUGGCAUUCGGGAAGCGGAAUGCGAGAAAGCGGCGAUGGACAUAAAGUACAACACCGACACAAAGAUCAAAGACAACGCGAGACUCUUCCAGCUACAAAAAGCACACUUCGAUCAGGAAGUCAACACCGCGAAAGCCGAGGCUCAGCUGGCCUACGAACUCCAAGCAGCCAAGAUAAGGCAACGGAUACGAAACGAGGAGAUUCAGAUAGAAGUCGUGGAGAGGCGCAAACAGAUCGAAGUGGAGGAACAGGAAGUCCGUCGAAAGGAACACGAGCUCCAGAGCACCGUGCGGCUGCCAGCCGAGGCCGAACACUAUAAAAUUGGCAGAGUGGCCGAAGGAAAAAUGACGCAAACGAUGAACGCGGCUGCGGCCGAGGCCGAGAAAAUUCGAUUGAUCGGAGAAGCGGAGGCUCAGGCUCUGGAGGCGAUAGGUGUAUCGGAAGCGGAGCGUAUGCGGAUGAAAGCCGUUGUGUACAAGAAAUACGGCGAGGCGGCCAUUCUGCAGAUCGCUUUGAACGCACUGCCAAAGAUCGCAGCGGAGGUUGCAGCACCGUUGGCCAGAACGGAGGAGAUCGUAAUUCUCGGUGGAAGCGACGCGAUCAGCGGGGACAUUACCCGCCUUGUGGGGCAAGUACCUCCAGCUGUACAAGCACUGACCGGUGUAGAUAUUUCAAAAGUGUUAGGGAAAAUACCAGGGGCGAAGUAAUGUCGAACGGAGCAACGGACAGAACGGCCAGGCGAUCGGAACAGCUGAAAGAAUGGAGCAAAAGAA